GCUACGGUGUGAUCCCUCGAGUCGUGCACAUAAUAAGAGAUCUGCCACUGUGGAUGUGAGGCAGCGACAAAGACGAAGGAAGAAUUGAUGGAUGACGAGCAGCCCGGUCCUCGAGUCGGAGAAAAUCCCAAGCGCAAAGCCGGCCGAUACACAGGCGUACCACACCCCGAGCACAGCUCCCGCUCCUCGCUCAUCCAUUUGGCGAACUCCCUGUUAGCCAUCGACGAGCUCGAGGCGGCGCUGCCCGUGGUUGAGGCGGUAGUGCGGCAUGUUGACGCGGGCCUGUGGGUGCCGCCCGAGGUGGUGCGGCUGUGCGAGGAGGCCAUCGGCAGACUGGGGGAGCGGCACGCACUGUGUGAGGAGCUCAGGCUGAGGUUCUACCGGGGGGUCGCCAACUCGACCGCUUUCAUGGUCAGUCUGACAGACAGACGUACACAACACAACGGCCUGUCUGUUCUUUGGAUCUGUGUCAUUUCGCUCGUGUGUGUGUGUGUGUGUGUGUGUGGCAGCGUGAGGAUAUGAUUGGUCGUCUGAUAGACUUCUGGCUGAAGAAGGGACAGCACGAGGAGAUCAAGAGCUUCGACGAAAAGUACACAGUGCACACACACACACACACACACACACACACUUGGACACACACACGUGUGCAGUGCAUUCAUCGCUUCACUGUCAUGCUGUCAGGAGUGUCAAGGCCUGGCGGAUGAGUGACCACCCCAUCGUCCAGGGUAAGACCGAACUCAUCCACCACACACGGCUGCCCUACUCACAUCUCGCUCUCAUGUCCGUCUGUCUGUCUGUCUGUCUGUCUGUCAGGCUACCGUGCCCUCGACCGCUUUGUGCGAGCCAACGAAGAGGCGGGUGCAGUCGCGGCAUCGCACGUCCACCAGGCGCUAGAGCAGCAACGGGAACGGCCAGCGGAGGGAACCAUCAGCAGCAGCGAGAGGGCGGAUGACGACAUGGAUGUCGAUGGCCCCGCGUCGGUUCCUCUGCGGCGGUUCGGCGAGUUGCUGCACGAUGAGAGCGCUGGCUCAUGUGAUCUGCUGGAGGCCUACCGGGACCUCAGGAUGGAUGUCGAGGGCACCGGGUGCUGUCGACACAUUGAUCAGAUCUGGCCCAGACAAGGACGCGUGGAGUGUGUGUGUGUGUGUUUGUGGUUGUCAGGGUGGUGCUCAAGGCCAUCGUGGGAUACAUCGAGGCCGACAGGGUACGGUGAGGGGAUGGCCCUGUCAGAGAGGGACAUUGAGGAUCGAUGCGGGGGACGCAUGUCAUGUCAUGUCAUGUCAUGUGCUGCCCUCCCUGUCCGUUGUGUGCAUGGCAUGGCAGACCCCUCCGCCGGUCUUCUUGCGUCUCGCCUUCCUCAUCGAGCGGGCAUCAGACACCGUAACCACCACCAGCACCACCACCACCACACACGCCCUUGCCCGCCCAUAUCGGACGUCUGUCUGUCUGUCUGUCUGUCUGUUUGUGUGUCAGUGCCGUGAUCUGUUUGAGAGCUGCGUGCGUGGCAACCCGUCAAACAUGGUGGCUUUGGAGCUCUUGUUGGUGCUGCUGCAGGAGGAGGCGCUGCGGCAGGUGCUCACACAGGGACUCAUAUCACCCACAGAACGGACACGACUGGUCGGUAAGGUGGCGCAGACAGACAGACGGACAGACAGACAGGGACAGGAUCGACGGGGGCCCUACGGACUGUGUGUGUGUUGCCUUCGAUGGAUGCAUCUUGGUGCGCUGCCGAGCUGCAGGAGCAGUACACGAGAGAGUACAUCCAGCGAUCAGGGUAGGGCGGUGGGUUAGGCAGGCAGGGAGGUACACGAAAAGGACCAUUAGGAAAGGAGGCAUACCAUACAGCAGUGUCUGUCUGUCUGAUGUGCAGGGGUGACGACGAGAGUCUCAUCCUGGCCUAUCGCGCGAGGCCUGCUCUCACACCCGAGGCACAGCUCAGGAUCGCCGCAGAAUUCCUGGCAAGCCGACACACAACCACACCCCGCCACCACGACCUACUGUCGUUCUAACUGACUCGUGUGUCGCUCCUCCCUCUGUGGUGUGCAGGAGUGUCGGCCUGGGAGUGUCGUCGGUUGGCAGGAGAUGAGUCGCUGUCUGUGGCAGAGCUACACCUACAUGCAGCUCGAGGUGGGCGAGGAGGACGACCAUGGCGGGGGCGUCGAGACCGUCACACAAAGGCAGACACACCCCAGGGGACCAGACGGUCAGCCACGCGAUACACACACACACACACAUGCAUACUGCACUGCUGGUGUCGCCAUUUCUCGUCUCUGUCUGUCUGUCUGCCUGCCUGUGUGUGUUGUGUGUGUGCAGGUGCCCUGUCUCUAUUCCAUGAUGUGUUCUGUCCGGGAGGGGAGCAGUCGAGGCUGCGCGAGUGGCAGAGAAGAUUCUUCGUCCCAGAGAGUGAGUGAGACAGACACCUGCUGUCGACCGAUCGACGAGCGUCAUGGAUGAGAUGAGCAUCUGCGUGUCUCUGUCUCUCCGCCUGCCAUGCCAUGUGUGUUGUCGUCGGUCGCAGCGUGCAUCUUGGGCAGCCUGGAUGUGAGUGUGUAUCCCUUUCUGAUGUUCCUGGCGCCCCUCUUUGUGCGCGGCCCCCCACUGCUGCUCUUCGCCAGCUACCUCUCACACAAGUGAGUGAGACAACCAGUGACGGAGACACAGACACUCAUCUGACUUGGUGCAAUUGGUCCCUGUCUGUCUGGCUGUCGGGCUGCCUGGCAUGCCAGGCACCCCUCCUGCGGCCCCUUGGUGCAUGGUGUGAUGGGCCCAUUGAAGGCCCUCCCCUUCCCCGUCCUCACCGCCGCUGACACCGACCAAGGCGAUGCUGCUGCCGCCAGCGAAGGCGGGCACCGGUCCUGGGCGCUGUUUGCGACGCUGUACGUCCACCUACGGGAGAGUGAGAGCCACACGGGUGUGUGGGAGUGCAUGCCUGACAAUGACGACGAGGGCGUGACGGCGGCCAGCGUGUUCAAGCAGGACGAGUGCACGCGGCUGUUUGCGGCGGUGGACGAGGCCUUGCUGGUGGGGCAGUGACGUCAGGGGGUGGGUGGGUGGCUAUGUGUGUAUUGUAUUUGCAGCCUUGUCCGUCCAUGUGUGUGCGUUGAUAGUGAGUGCCUGAGUGCUGCCUGCCGAGUCUCUGUGUCGACUGACUGAGGGGACCUAUAGAUUCGUUCGGUGUGCAUUCAAGUCGAGUUCGCGCUGCAGAUGCGCUGUAAAGGCGUGUUCUCCCAGACAGACAAACAAGAGAGACACACACAUGUGACAUUCAACGGCACAUGUACUCAUGUAUGUCUCAUCCGUCCGCGAGACUAAGUCCGAGCGGAUGCAUGUCUCGAUGAGUGAUCUAUGUAAUACAUGCUGUGUGUGUGUGUGUGUGUGUGGAGGGAGAGACAGACCGCCGACACACUCGAUGAACGUGUGUGUGGGGAGCAUGUAGAGUAAAGGAACGUGUGUGCGUGUCGACUGUGAAAGCUACACACGUCAUUGUGACGAGAAUGUGAAGAGAUUGUCACCCAGUGGUGAGGACUGACGUACAUUUGUGUGUGUUUCCUUCGUUUACUUGAUCAUCG